GUUUGCUGUGUUUGCGCCAUUAUUGUUCGUGCUGUUGGUCUAGUUUGUUUAGUUUGUCCCCAGGAUGAGCCGUAGGGACCGAUGUUGUUGCAGUUCCAGCAAUGCUGUUGUCUUCCAGCGCGACAGAUCGCAAGAUCAUAUCCAUUCGGCAACUCCUUCCAGAUGGCAACUGAGGUCCAAGACCCAGAGACCGCAGCCCGUGGCACGCUAGCCCUACUGGGAACCCGUCUCCAUCGAUUGGAGUUUCUCCUCAGCGGCGCCAGUAAUGAUGAUGGGGUUCCUCCUCCGACCACAACACCGACUUCUGGCAGCGAGACAUUGUGGGCCAGAUUGGAUGCUCUCGAGGCAGCAAUGGCAAAGCUAAAGAAGCUCACGGGUACACCUGGGUCUGUUGUACGGGAUAUUGAGCGGCUAUCAUCACUAUAUCCUGAUUUAUUUGCUGUGACGGCCACUGCAACCCCCAAGUCGGAGGACAUCAGCACGCUGGCCUCGGUUGUCCUCUCCCAUGCCACCUUAUAUCCCGAGACCGCAUCCAGACUGUCCUCCCUACAGACUCUGCAAAUCCCGCCCGCAGAUCAAAGUUCGAAGCUGGUAUCACUAGCGCCUAGACUUGAAAAGCUCCGGCAAGAAGAGGAUCAAAUCCAAGAAGAAGUUCGAGAGUUGCGAGAGCGCAGUGCUAGAUGCCUAGAAUGGUGGGUGAAGAUUGGAGUGGUCGGAAUGGGAGACAUGUGGGAAGAUUGGGAGAGGCGAACUGCUGAGGUGGAGAGGAAUAUUAUCCGUUGGGAGCGACGCGCAAAGGAACAGCAGGGCUAUUUGUGAAGGAUGACAAAAGAUGGAACAGGCGCCAUCAGUCCGAGCACUGUAAUUCCCGGUGCCUGCGUCGGCAAUCCUUGAAUCCGAAUCAGGUGUUGCCAGACUGGUCAUCUUCCAGUCAUCUGACAUCUAUGUGACAUUCAAGAGCAGGAUUUUGCAGGCAAGAUGUCGCAAGGACAAGGUUCGCCGCUGGGUGUUCGACGCUUUGACGAUGGCAUGACAGCCGUUACGUGUUCGUCGACCCAAGUUGGUGGUCGACGACUAAUUUUCCCCGCAAAGAUCGACGGGAGGACGUCCGUAUGAGCACCCAUUCUCGACGCGAGUCUUUCUAUCCGUUGUGUUUCCGGACGGGUGGCUUCGCCAUCUUCCUGGAGCGAGAAACGCAACUGUGCAACAUUGCUGCCACCUCCGGGUGUGGCUGAAGGAUCACUUACAGGCCUCUCUCGCUCUCGAAUAAUUGCACCAUGGGAAUUGCGGGAGCGUGCAUGUGGCGGUGCCAGGACCACUCUUGUGGAGACAUUGGGAUUGGUCGAGAACGAUGGAUCAGCGGCUGUCAGGGGAAGAGGCAUGUCUCGUCCAAUCGCCCAGGUCGGCGGGUCAGGCACCAAGGACCCAGUUUCAUUUCGACAAAGAUGCGAGCGGAAAGGAGGACACCCGAGUCUCAAGGCCUGGCAAGCCAUGGUUCUGCAGAGCGGAAGGCGUGGGACAUUGUGUCAGAGCUGGUCCAACAGGAUCAUUAGCAAUAGCGUCCGUCCAUCAAGCGAGCGAGCCACGAAAGAAUUGUAAAGCGGCCGAUAAUACUUAGCAGAGAUUAUUCAAUCUUGGGCCAAAUUGAGAGGUUGCGUGCCACAAAGCGCUUGCAUGGAGCGCGUGGCGUGUGCGACCCGGGCGAUGUAAAAGUGGCCAACCGGCUGCGACGUGCCAUUGAUCCAGAGCCGAACGAGGAGGUUGAGGCUAGAAAAGUGGC